CGCAGCCUCUCCUCAGCAAGAAAACGCGCCCAUAUUUCCUACAGGAAGAGGCUGUUGUUCUUGUUUUUUCCGCGGCGGAGAAUUGCGAUUUAAACUGCUCGUGCCGAGUUUUAGCCUAAAGCUCAAAGCCCAGAAUUUGAACAAUUCCACCCCAGUCUGCGGCUGCGGCGCCCAAUCUUUGAAAGGAGUUCGCACAGAUUGGAAGAGGAGCUUAAUGACCUGCUUGGGAGUCCACAGUGUGCACGGCCUGUUAACAGUCAGUGGACAUCGAGUGGACAGACGAAUCAAACAUCACGCACACUGCAGAAAAGGGACAAAUAAAUCCAUCGAAGUGCACAACUGGAGCCAACACAAAACAACGUAUCUCUUCCAAUGAAGCCAGAGGCCACAGGAACAGAAAAUUCAGAUGAGGUGCAAGAGGAAGUACCUGACAAGUCUGGACAGCCACAAGAAGGAGGAGUCAGUGAUACCCAAAGCACACUUUUUCUCCUUGAUUGUGUAAAACGAUACUGGAACCAAUAUAGUGGUAGCCAUCGGAGUCAGAUGUUUAACAAGAUCCACCAGGACUUUGAGUCCUGUGGUUACAAUGUUCCAGUUGACAAACUUCGGAAGAAAUGGAACAAUUUAAUUGUGACCUACAAACGUGCAAAGAACAGAAUCCGGGAAUCUGGACAUGCCAAAAUUACAUGGGAACAUUUUGAGGCAAUGGACAGUCUGUUGUCAAAGAAAAUGGGCCUCUCCCCACCAGAAGGUACCAUAAUCAAAAGCAGCCUUUUCCCAAUUGAAUCUUCCUCCGCUACUUUUCAAACUCCUGAAUCUACCCAUGGGUCAGUGCCAUUGUCUUCAGUGUCUCUGUCAGUGGCAUCAGAAAGUACUCAGCCUCCCACUUCUACUUCGUCAGUCUUCUUCAUUCUUCCUCAAGCCCAUGCCAAGACUGCACCAGUUAUUGCCACUCCAGUUAUCACCACCACUCCACCUGUAACCACACUUCCCCAGCAAUUCCCUCCUAAAAAGAAGGCCAGAAAAGACUUUACUGCCGCUGCUGGAACGUUCCUUCUGAACCAGGGAGAUCAGGGAGAAAGACGCACAAAACUCCUGGAGACGUUAAUAGAAACCAAUGAACUAAGGCGUGAAACGGAUUACCAGAUUAAAAGGAGAAGUGAGCAAAGGGAAAGUCGAAGAGAAAAAAGAGAAGCAGAGAUGCUCAAGACACUCAAAGAGUUGUCUGCUAAACAGGACAGGGUCAUUGAACUUCUUGAACAAAUUAUCCAGAAUAAGUAAUUUUAUCCCCUCCCAGGACACUUACUUUUGGUGUUUUGUUCCCCCCAUUAUAGAAGCUUAUUGUAAUAUAAAGCUGUUGUUUAGGAUGCAAAUAAAAAGUCUGAUGCCAGGAAA